UCACUCUACUCUUGACCUAAAAAAGUUAGAUUUAGUUUCUGGUAACGUGAUGACAAAAACGUAAACGUUGAAUUUAUAUCUUCAGUCUCAAGUUGAUCGAGUCCCGAUCUACAGAAUUUUAAACCGACUUUCAAACAACAAAACAACAUGGCUGAAAGGAAAGCUGUUAAUAAAUAUUACCCUCCAGACUGGGAUCCAAGUAAAGGAUCGAUAAAUACUCAUGUUGGUCAACAUCCACUCAGAGAUCGAGCCAAGAAAAUUAAACAGGGCAUUCUGGUUAUAAGAUUUGAGAUGCCGUACAACAUUUGGUGUGGUGGAUGUAAUGCACAUAUUGGAAUGGGCGUCCGAUACAAUGCUGAGAAAUCUAAAAACGGAAACUACUAUUCAACACCUAUCUACAAGUUUAGGAUGAAAUGCCAUCUCUGUGAUAAUUAUUUUGAAAUUCAAACAGAUCCACAAAAUCAUGAUUAUGUGAUAUUGAGUGGUGCUAGACGUAAAGAACAAAGAUGGGAUCCUAAAGAAAAUGGCCAGAUAGAAACUGAAGAUAAACUUACUCAGAAGAAGAUGGCUACCGAUGCUAUGUUUAAAUUAGAACAUGGAAGUGAUGAUAAACAGAAGGGAGAGAAGGCUGUGAUGACGAUAUAUCAACUAGAAGAUCGCAAGGAAUCUUAUAAAGAGGAUUAUUUAUUAAAUAAACUAGCCAGAAAUAAAUUUAGAACAGAGAAAAAUAAUAUCCGUGAUAAAAAGAUGUCCGACCAGGCUUUAUUAGAUAAAAGUUCGUUAGAUAUAGAGUUAGUAGAAGAAAAUGCUGAUGAUAAAAGAAUCGCUGGCUUAAUGAAAUAUUCAGUUACUGAUUAUUUCUGAAGAUUGGGACUCAGUGCCAACGCCACAUGUUAGUCCAGAAAUGACCUUAUUUGUAUCGAGUGAACAUUCAACCCCAUUCCUCUCUCUUUCUAGGGGCCAAUAGUACUAGAGCUUGUUGUAUUAAGGUCACUUGAAACCCUUUACUUUGUUACGCCUAGGGAGGUUGGAUAGCCGAAUGGUUAGUGUGUGCACGUUGUAUCAUAAGGUCUGUCAUUGAGUCAACUGCCAAGGUUUCGAAUCCCCAGUUGUACGUGACAAGGAGUAGGGUAGCCUGUCCAAACUCAUGUGUUUUCUGGUUUCCUCCCACUGCUAAAGACCCCUACACGCAAGCGAAUUAUUGAAAUAAAAUUGAACCAUAUGUUAGUCCCAAUCUGAUUAAAAUACAGAUCUAUAUUUCGUUUUGUUUUUUUAUACUUUCGAUGGCCUACACUACAUGAAGAUCUGACCAAUUGAACUGGGAAGUCACGCCAGGGGUCAUACCAGCGGCUGUUGACCCUAUGACCUCAGACAUUGAUUAAUCAAUCAGUGUUGACGUUUCUAGCGGUUUAUCCACAGUUUUGUGGAGAGCAUGCCAAGAACUCGCCGUAAAAGACAGUUUCAUUGGCUAAUUCAUUACAUCAACUAGAACGCCUGUUAUAUAACAACUCUUCCAGAUCCUAGGGGAGUUGGAUGGCCGAAUGGUUAGCAUGUACGUGACAAGGAGUAGGGUCGUCUGUCCAAUCUCUGGGUUUCCUCUGGGCCCUCCGGUUUCCUCCCACUGCUAAAGACCCCUAUGCGCCAUUGAAUUAUGUUAAUAAAAUUAAACCAUAUGUUAGUCCCGAAAUGACCUAGUUUGUGUCGAGUGGAGGUUAAACU